GCCUGCAAACAUGAGGCUCCGGCUGGAGAAGCAGCUCCUCAUCCUCUCCCUGCUCUGCAUCCUCUCCAAGGUGUGCUGCCAGCUGUGCCGACGGCCGUGCUACUGCUCCCAGGUGCUGCCCCGCUGCCCACGUGGGUCCCCCCUGGUCCUGGAUGGCUGUGGCUGCUGCAGGAUCUGCGCUCGGCGCCUGGGAGAGCCCUGCGACUUCCUGCAUGUCUGCGACCGCAGCCAGGGGCUCAUCUGUGACUACAGCUCGGGGACAGGAGGCACCUGCAACUUCGAAGACGACGAGGAGGGCUGUGAGGUGAAUGGGCGGCUGUACCGUGACGGGGAGGUGUUCCAGCCCAGCUGCAAGCUGCAGUGCCGCUGCCUGGACGGGGGCUUCACCUGCGUCCCGCUCUGCCAGGAGGACGUCCGCCUGCCCACCCCAGACUGCCCCUACCCACGGCGUGUGGACAUCCCAGGGAAGUGCUGCCCUGAGUGGGUCUGCGAGGCCGGAGAGCGGCAGAGCACUGGGGCAGCCCCCGCAGUGCCGUACCUCUGCCAGCCGUGGGGCACGGAAUGGAGCGUCUGCUCGGCCACCUGCGGCGUGGGCUUCUCCACCCGCAUCUCCAACCAGAACCGCUACUGCCGCCUGGAGACACAGCGGCGGCUCUGCGUGCUCAGGCCCUGCCCGGCUCUGCCGGCGGCACCCCCUGUGAGGGGAUGAGGAGGGUGUUUGCAGCUGCGCCCACCCUGGUUGUGUCCCGCAGCCAAUGUUCCGGGACUGAGGCUGGCACACAUCCGUGACACGGUGGUUUUGGAGGAGAUGGAAGACACGUCCCUCGGGAAUCUGGGGGAGAACCGAUGGACUUCAGCUGCAGAAGAGGGUGGAAAUAGAGAACAAGAUCCCUACAACACGCCUGUAUACUCUACUGCCCCGGGUUGGGUUGCUGGGCAGCAGCACCCUGUUGUAUGAGAUGGGGAAAUCCUGCCAAGCACAAACCCACCUGAGAAAAAGGGACGUGGUCCUUUCCCGGAUCGGAGAGGCUUUUGGAAAGGGCUGAGUGACGCUGCUGUGCCCAGCACCGCACACACAGCUCUGCUCUGCAGAAUUAGACCACUAUUGGGAUGCCCCUUGCCCCCCACGCUGGGGAUGGGGCUCGCUGCCCCACCACACCCGGACACCGGCAGAGGUGUUUUCCUGGCGGCAGCUCCCAUUUACCUUCCUCACAUCCCUCCAGGACAAACAGCUCCCUGCUCCGCCUGGCCGCCUGCUCUUCAAAGCCCGGCGGUUUGGCAGGGCUCUGGCAGGCGAGCAGCUCAGACGGAGGAGGCACCAGACAUACUGCCCCUCAUCCAAGCGCAUACCCCAAAAACUAAGGCCAGCAGAAAGGCAGGAGACGGGAAAACAAACAGCAGCGAUGAGCCCAACGGGCUGGGGCUGCUCCAGCGUGCGGAGCUGCACAGGAGAGCCGAGCGGCAGUGAACCCUUAAGGGCCGCUCAGAAACGAAACCCAAAUGCCCUCUAACGGCCUCGCAGCGAUGUGCAGAGCAGGGCGAGAAGGGCGGCGAGCAGAGCAGGCGAGACCGCGCAUCUUGGCUUUGCACCCCUGCAAUCAAAGCAUUGUGAACGUGAUUGCAGCACGGCCAGCAGCAGAGCCCAGCAGCUCCUGCAAGUGCCGGAAAUAAAUCAGUGUUGAAGGGUGUUGUCACCUCUUCGGGGGAAAAAAUAAAGGAGAAAAAAGAAAAAAAGAAAAAAAGAAAAAAGAGCCUUGCUGCUCAUGCACGCUGUUUACAACGAGAAUUAUUUACUGACAUCAACCAUUCACUUAGUGGGAUGGAGGGGAUGCAGGAGCCCCCAGCAGGCAGCACGCAGCACGAGGGACUCGACACCAUUGGUUUUCUGCCUCUGCAGUGGCUGUGCCAAAAACAGCAGUGGUGUGAAGCUCACAGAGACUUUAAAACCCACAAUGUUCCUCUGCUGACAUGGGUAAGGCACAACCACUGUACCAAACAUCCUGGGU